CUUUCUUGGUAGCUGGCUCUGCCUCUGGUGGGGGUAGGCGGAGUUGGUCUUUACCAGAUGCGGGAAAAGGGAGCGAACUUGCCGCCGCCGCCGUCAUCAAUGGGGCUUCACCGGCCGAGCUCGGCGGUGAACUGGCGGUUCGGGCUGAGCGCCUUGGUCUUGGUGGGCAUGCUGGUGGUCUGGAGCGUAGAUGGGUGCACGGUAAGCGGCCUUCUUGACGCAUGGAGGGUCAAGCAAGAUUACGGGUCCGUAAAGGUCCAAGCUUCUGAUUCCGAUCUAGCGUUUGACCCCCAUCAAAAUCAGACCGUGACCCCUCAAGUGUUGACAUCGAACAACACCUCGCGACUUCCUGUUGAUUUGCCAAACAAUGUUACCCAAGUGUCGGUCAAUUCGCGUAGUAAUAGCUCGGAUUCAGGUGGUUUUGUGGAAGAGUCUCCCCAGAAGGAGGAGAAGAAUGUGGUGGAUGAAGUUGUUCAAGAUUGGGUUUCGUCCCAGUUAGAGCCCAACUUCUCCUCCAACCUCCUCGCGAGGUGGCUGGCUCCCGGAGGCGAGCCCUGCAGGGACUCCAGGACGGAGGAGAUUGCCAUUCCCGGGAUAGAUGGUAAGGGUUUGAUCGAAUUGUCAGCCGGGCAUGUUCACGAGUUCAGUUUCGGUGCGUUGGAUGGAGCCGGGAAUUCGCGGUGUCUGGGCGGUGAUUACUUUGAGACCGAUCUUUCCGGGGAGUCUUGGAAGUCGAGGCCCCUGGUGAAGGAUUUCAGUAAUGGAUCUUAUACGGUCUCACUUCAGGUUCAUCCGGAUUUCGUGGGGGACUACAAUCUGACAAUCAUCCUGCUGUAUAGGCACUUUGAAGGGCUCAGGUUCUCACCUGGUCGGUUCGUGUUCGAUCGGGAGCUUAGAAAGGUCUCAAUAAGGUUCUAUAAGAGCAAGGCAAAACUGCCAGAGCUGCAUCUUUGCGGGAAAUCUGAUUUCAGUAAGGAUGUUUGGUUUGGCCGCUGGACCCGGCAUGGCAAGAACGACGAUUGCCAAAUCAGCAACGAUGGACGUUACCGGUGCCUUCCGCCCGAUUACAAGUGCCAGAGCCCGUGGUGCGAUGGCUCAUUAGGCCUUUUGGAGAGUAAUGGUUGGGUAUAUUCGGCACACUGUUCGUUCAAGAUAUUUUCACCUGAUGCUGCCUGGAAUUGCCUGAAGGGCAGGUGGAUCUUCUUCUGGGGCGAUUCAAAUCACGUCGACACGAUUAGAAACAUGCUCAAUUUCAUCUUGGAUUUGCCCCAAAUUCAAUCAGUCCCUCGGAGAUUCGACAUGAACUUCUCAAACCCGAAACACCCUUCUCAAUCUGUCCGGAUCACAAGCAUCUUUAAUGGCCAUUGGAACGGGACACAGAAUUAUGAGGGUCUCAACUCGCUGAAAGAUGAAGGGUUUCGCAGGUUGUUGAAGAAGUAUUUCUCAGAAGACACGGUACCAGACACUAUAAUCAUGAACUCGGGCUUGCACGACGGUGUCAAGUGGACCAAUGCAAGGGCAUUCUCAGGCGGAGCACAAUACGCCGCCUCUUUCUGGGCAGAGGUGAUGGAGGGGGUGAGGCAGAGGGGCUUGGCGGUACCAAGGAUUUUCUAUCGGACCACAGUGGCUACUGGUGGCUAUGCCCGAGCGCUCGCAUUCAAUCCUAACAAGAUGGAUGCCUACAAUGGGGUGGUGAUUGAUAAGUUCAGACAAGCCGGGUUGGUAUCCGGCGUGAUCGAUAACUUUGACCUAACCUACCCGUGGCACUUUGAUAACCGGUGCAACGACGGGGUCCACUAUGGCCGUGCCCCAGCAAAGAUGAAGUGGAGGGAUGGGGAAAUCGGGCACCAGUACUUUGUGGAUUUAAUGUUAGCUCAUGUGCUGCUCAACGCGCUAUGUUCGAAAUAGGAUUGGAAAAGAAAAGAAAUCCUUGAGCGGGAAAUUUUUUUGGCACAUUCUGAGGAAAGAGCAUCUAAGAACAAGAUGUUCUUGCACAAUGCCGCAGUUCCACGAAGUACAGACAUUGGCAGACCGCAAAGACGCGAGGGCGGCAUAGUCGUCACAUUAGUCGGAGGCCAAGUACAUAGCAGCAGCAGCAGCAGCAGCAGUGUGUGUCGGUUUGAUGUUCGUUAGUGCAAAAACGUCAUCAUUCAUUGAUUUUUCCAGCUUCCUCGGUGUUUUUGGAUGUAUGUAUACUAUUUCCAUAUACACGUGAUAUAUUGAUAUCUUGUAUAGUAUGAGAAAUUCCUGAUUGUUCAAGGACUUGAAGAGGCAUGUUCAUCAGUCACUUGAAGUGUUCCAGUUUAUCUCAGGCGACUGAUCUUUACAGCAAUGAGUUCCAUUUUACCCCCAUCUUUUGGCAAUGUUGUGGAUCUGCAAAAUGAAAAAAAUGUGCGACCACGACGGUGCUGAUCGCGGCACUGAGUUCCGUCUGACGAGCUCAUGGUCUCGGAUCGGAUGUUCUCAAAUUAUAUGCAGUUGAUUUGGAUGGUAUUGUACAAGAAUCAGCUGCUGUAUGAAGCUCUCUUUUUUAAAUCGGAAAUGUCCUUAACU